CUUUCGGCGUCCUGUAGGUGAGUUGGGUGAAGCUGGAAGGAUGUGCUGGAAUUCGGACCUGUAAUUCUCUCACGAUGAAGGCGAGGUCGAGCACGAUAAAUUGCAGGCAUUGGCCGGUUGCCAUGCGGCGGUUUAGCCAGAUGUUGUCUCUUGCGUCUGUUGGUGGCGGAGAGUCUCACAGCGUGUCUUUCGGCGUCUAAUUCACGCACCAUCGGCUUGGUGUUGACUGAGUGAUUGACUCAAGUAUAUAUAUACGGCAUUCAUUCACGGCAAGGACAAAGUAGGAUAUAUUUUUGACAUUUUCUACACAACCAUCAAUACUGCUGCUAUCGUCAUUAUUUAUACAAGGAGCUCCUCACUUAUACAUCGGCAUCAGCAACCACAGCCGUAGCCAUGGCGGUCGGAUCUGCAAGGGACAAGUUCCCCAACGACCUACUUCUGGUGCAAUUCCUGCGAUCAGUCAAGAGAUGCGCCGGCCAGGGCCCUUACAUCUACGACCACUUCGGCUUUGAGAAGACUCUUGAGGAGCUCAUGGCAGAUAUCCUGCGGAUGCGCGAUCUCAUGCGCCAGCAGUUGCCGGCGUCUGAAUUCAGUGAACGAGGCGUUUUCAAAGAGAAGAGGCCGUAUGUCGCGGUACUGACAAGGAGCGGCUAUGAGUUUAUCGUUGCCUUUUUUGCGACUCGCGUGCUGGGAGGAGCGGCGAUGCCAUUUGGCUCUGGUAUCCUCCCCGAAGAGGCGCGAUAUUUUGUCGACAGCGCAGAGUCGCUCUGCAUCCUCGCUGGCAAAGACUGCUACGAAAAGGCCGAGCGAAUUGCGGCCAUGUCCGGCGCCUCGACGGAUCUCAAGCCUGUGGCCAUCCCCAUCUCAUGCAAUGCCGCGCCCGUAGGCACAAUCGACAUCACCAUUGAUGAGACGCUCAACAUGGCCCCUGAUGGCCCUGGUUUGGUCAUCUUCACGUCUGGAACGACCGGGCCGCCAAAGGGCGCUGUUCUUCCGCGAAUCUGCAUGGUGUUUCAGCCAGACGCGCCUCCAAACUGCCAGACGGUGUGCUUUCGACCGCCUCACUGGCUUGGUGGCGCCAUCAGCCUGGUCGAGCCCAUGCUCACCGGCAAGAAGCUUCACAUCCUCAAGGAGCGGGCUGGAGUAGGACGCCUCUGGGAAGUCUUGCGCAGUCACCACAUCACCGGAACGGGAUUCACGCCUGGCAUCUUGCGCGAGAUGAAGGAGUGGCUGGAGGCACAGAGCGAGGAUGAGCAGGAGGAGUAUAUCAAAGCGUUUCGGAACAUCGGCAUCAUUUAUUGCGCCGGCGCCAUGGUCUCGCCGUCCGUGUUGAAGUUUUGGAAGAACAGAACCGGACUGACGUUUAAGAAUGUUUAUGGAUCGACAGAGGUUGGCGGUCUGGCGACUUGGAAGGACCUUGACGGCACAGAGCGAUCGGACGCAAUUGGCGCUGCAAUUCCCGGCAUUGAAGUCAAGCUGACAGAUGGCAAUCACGGAGAAAUCUGUGUCAGGAGCCCAUUCAUGCUUAGGAAAUAUAUUGGAGACAAAGAAAAAACAAAAGCCGCUUUCGAUGCCGACGGGUAUUUCAAGACAGGAGACUUUGCGGAGCGCAAGGAUGGCGAAUUCAUCUUCUCUGGCCGUGCCAAUGCUGACUAUAUCCUGUUUCGACACUACCGGAUACCAAGCGUCCAAGUCGAGGUUGUACUUACAGCUCUCCCCUACGUGACCGAAGCCUGCGUUUUGGGUGUGCCAGACAAUGAAGCAAAGGAAAUAUGCGCCGCCGUCGUCCGUCUCACUCCAGAGCAGGAGCAGCUGCAGAGACGGCAUUCCGAGCAGACGAUUAAUCUCGCACGCCUGCGAAAAGACAUGAACGAGACACUGCCGAAAUACAUGCUCCCUGUGUUGGUGAAGAUUCUUGGUCCCGGAGAAGAGAUGCCGCAGACGGUCUCUCAAAAGCCCAUCAAGAGUCAGAUCAUCAAGAGAUAUUUCGGAGUGGACAGGUCGUGGUCUGCUGAGAACUCUGUUUGCGGGGUGGAGUAUUGGGGAAGCAUGCCUGCGCCGGUAGAGGCGGACACGAAGCCGUGGGACUGGCUUGGCUUACAAAGGGCUGAUUUUAAGGGUGAAGCUUGAGGGUAUUCGAACAAAAAGAGAAGGGGAUAUGGUCCGGCCAUAUAUGAUGGUGAGGGCUAUAGUUGUGGUGGAAAGGUGGAUGGUUCAUGUGUCGACUUGUGGGUAUAUGGGAUUGGUUCUGCUUCAAAGGCGCAUUGGCGGUAUACUGUAGCUGCAUUGAUUAAUUAGUUUUCCUGAUAGGCAGAUGAUGCUUUUCAAUGAUGAUAUGAUGGCAUGAUA